AAAUUUGAGAAGAAAUUAUCUGAAAAUACAACGCAUGUUAAAUCACCAACCAGUUGCCAAUUGCUAUGUGCGAACAUAUCUUCGAAUCCUAACCUAUAAACUCAAAAAAAUGACAACAGUCAAAACAUCCCUCGCUUUUGUUGGUAAAUUGCCCAAAAAAACAAGACAGUUUUAAUAAUUUGCAGGUAACAGUGAAUUAAUCCAUUGUAUGUAAUGAUCAAGUAGAAUGAACGGAUUGAAAGAGUGGCAACAACUGUUUGACGAUAACGUCGCCCAGAUAUGGAAGCAAGAGCCCAUUUCCAUGUUAAAAAACCUUUCCAUGAUGGUUUUCUGCCUUAACAGAGAGAUCAGCCAUGUCCAAAGGAAUUCGGGAAUUCUCAAGGAGCAAUCAAAUAAUAGCAGUAUGUCUGUAAUAAUAUCUGAUGACGAUUUGUGCAAGUCAGAGGAAAGUACUGGAAGCCCUGAAAUCAAGAAGAACCGCAGAUCAUUUCGGUACAAACAGAAGUAUAAGAAAAAGCUCACGCAAAACGACAGAACUCUCACUAGGUCCAAACUAAUGAUGAUUGCAACAAAGGGGCAGCAAAGCGCCAAUCAGGAGUCGGUAAAUUUGUUGCAAGCCAACAAUAACAAAAACUGCCUUCGAAAAAAUUUACCCUUCGACCUUUGUAAGGCACUUAAGAGUGAAGUGCGAACUCCUAAGAAAACCGAUAGUGACAUGGAUUUCUCCGUUAUAGAAUCGACUCCAGUGAGGAAACCAGCGAGCUUCCGAACAAGGGAGGUAAAGAGAGAUAUUAAGAACAAUAAGCUGACGAUAACUCAGAUGUUCUCCUCAAAAGACCAGGAAAGCUUCAAUUCUUUUGAAUGCCAAAACUCCACUUCCAAUCAAGCCACUGCUGAUACUGUGAUGGGAAUUACAAGCUUGGUAAACUAUUUAAACAACGAUGCAUGUGAGGAAAAGUCUGCUUCUAACAGCGCUCCAGAGGAAAACACCGGCUUAAACAGUGCAAUUGUUGAGAAUAAACCGGAUUUAACCAAUGAAGAAGUCCUUCCAGAUAAUUUGAAUGCCUUCCUGGCAAAAGCGCAGAAUGUGCCCAACCAACUAGAGGCAGAGCCGGUAGUGAGAGGGAAAUUGAGGCAACAGCUUCCAGGAUGGUCAUGCAAAGACUGCGAAAAGUUCUACCUUAACCAGGGCUUAACUGCCAACGAAAUACUGGCGCUUACAAAAAAAUGUUCGAAACAUCGCGGCUACUACAUGCCUAGAGAGGAUACUUUUCCGGGAUAUUGGGACUUGAAUCUCGGCUCUCAGGAGUCUGAAAAUACUUGAAUACUUGACACCAGUACAGUUUUUUAUUUGCUCUGGUGUCAAGAGUUCUGGGAAUAACUUAUUUGUAUAUUUGUGUAAUAACAUGUUAAAUAUAUUUUCAAUACAUUUAUUUAAGCAGAA